UCUUGACAGAUCAGCAAACACGCAAGCUAUAAUGGAGUUCUGAAGAUCACCAUAACAAAUUGAAAUGUUCCAGUUUUUUCUGGAAAACUAGUUAUAUUUUUGUUUAAUAAGUUAGACUGAAUUGUAUUAAUUAUAAUUAACACUGUGCAAUUUUAAUAGAUUAACUUAAUUUAUAACUUACAUUCUUCAUUCGCACAAUGAGUGAAAAUGAUAGUCAUGAGAGAAUUAAUCAUGUGAAAAGUGAAGAUUCAACGACACAAAAUUCAUCCAUGCAAGUACAGAUACAUUCCAAGAUGCCAUCCCAACCUCGAUUAAGGAGAACUAGCUACAAUGCUGAUGAUCCUGAGAAAAUGGGGCUACUAAAUGUGCGAGCCAUGUCAUUUCUUUUAAUGUGGUAUUUGUUCAGUGCCUUCACAUUAUUUUUGAAUAAAUAUAUUCUUUCAACACUAAAAGGCGAUCCAUCCUUUUUAGGAGCAAUGCAGAUGGUUAUGACCACUGUGUUUGGUUUUAUACAAAUGUACCUGCCUUUAGGAAUGUACACGCCAGUUGAUAGAGAAGGGAAACCACCUAAUUUUUGGAGGAAUAUGAUUCUAGUUGGAACCAUGAGAUUUGGUACAGUAGUUCUCGGUUUAGUGGCUUUAAAAUUUGUUGCUGUAUCAUUUACAGAAACUGUGAAAAGCUCUGCCCCAUUAUUCACUGUAUUUAUAUCACAAGUUUUAAUUGGUGAAUAUACAGGACCAUAUACAUUUCUAUCUUUAAUACCAGUUAUGUUAGGUCUAGCUUUGUGUUCUGCUUAUGAACUCAGUUUCAACAUUCAGGGAUUUAUUGCUGCUUUGGCUACAAAUUUGACAGAAUGUUUACAGAAUGUUUACUCCAAAUUGCUCAUCAGUGGUGAUAAAUAUAAAUAUACGCCUGCUGAAUUACAGUUUUAUACCUCAUUAGCUUCUAUGGGUGUACAAAUACCUUUUUUAUUUCUCAUGAUGGACACUUCUAGUGUGAAAAAUAACAUGGACUAUACUUUAUUUUUAACUUAUGUAAUCAAUGGAAUAUUUUUCCACUUUCAAAGUAUAACAGCUUAUGUAUUAAUGAGUUACAUAUCUCCUGUUACCCAUAGUGUGGCUAAUACAGUUAAAAGAGCUUUUCUAAUUUGGUUAUCUGUGGUAUUAUUUGGUAAUCCUGUUACACUUUUAAGUGGUAUAGGAACAAUAACUGUUACCAUCGGUGUUUUACUUUAUACGAAAGCGAAGGAGUACGAUCUAACGCGAUACAAUUUAAAACAGCAAUAUUCAUUACAGCAAGGAACAGAUACUAAAAUAGUGUGAUGUGGAUUUCAAACUAGAAAUUUAAAACAUAUUUUGUUGUACAGAUUUGUAUUUAUUUUCAUUAAUCCUGAAAGUGUGAAAGUUCAUGAACUAUUACAUAAUAGACACUGCUGCACUUACUCUGGACAUUCAAACCCUGUUAUCUUGAUAUCCUAAUAGUCAUCUAAUCUAAUUUACUAAAGUGUUUUUUUUUUAUAUUACAAUUAUAUAUAUCAUUACAUUUAAACAAAAAUUAUUCAAAAUGUAUAAACAGUCCCAUGUGGUCAUAUUCAAAAUUUGCAUCAUCUGUUAAUUCAUUCCACAGUCUCUUUUUGGAUAUAUAUAUUUUUCAAAAUGAUUUUACAAGUGCAUGAACUUGGUGAAGUUCCAGGGACAAAUGUGGUGGUGAAUAUAAUUAUUCUGACUGUUCCAUCCACACUGUGUAUAUAUUGUGCCUGUGAAAGGUAUUGUAUUGUUAUAUUAUUGGAAAUUAAGUUAGGGGGAACAAUACCUUGUAUGUAAACUUGGUAUACAUACUGUAUAUAUAAGAAUAUUUGUAUCAUAUUAUUGUGGUGGGAUCAUAGUGUAUGGAUCUGUUGCAUGUUAUUAAGCUUCAAUAACUGGUAUUAAAUACCCCAUUAUUAACACUUACACUAAUUUUUUGAAAAAAACAAACAAGGUAUCUUCUCCUUUCAAUGUCCAUGUGUUUUUUUCACAGAUUACAGGUAUCUUUAUAAAGUUACACAAUGUGAGUGAAAUUUGACGAUACAGGUAUACAUGUGCUAUGUGCAUUAAAAUGUCUAGACGACAUAGGUGACGUAUGUUUUGUAGCCUGGCAACCUAUUUUGUUAAGUUACAGAACAGUAAUGCUGAAAUUAGUAUGGUUACAUAAGAGAAUUGCAUAUUGAAAUUAUGGUUACACAAAAUAAAUGUGUAUUGAAAUUAAUAUUAUAGUUACAUAGGAGAAAUGUGUACCAGUACUUAAAUUAUAUUUUGUACAUUCAUUGUAUUUAAGUAGAUAAAUUAAAGGCCACAAAAAACCUAUUUUCAUGAUUAUUUUUAAUGUUUCUUAUAUGUAAAUUUAUACAUGUGUCUGUAGCUUGAAAAUACAUUUGAAAAGCUGUUUUCCAAAACGUGAUCAACUUAUGCCAAUUUCGGGCCAAAAACAGAUAGUUUCUUUGAAAAUUCCAAUAACAAAUCAUGAAAUUAUAUGUUCAACAACAGAUGUAAGAGCUAAAUCAUCUGUCUAUUGCAGGUUUUUCUUUUGGACUUAAAUGUUAUAUAAAUUAUUAAUUAGGCAUUUAUUGACAUGUCAAGGCCAUAAUUAACUUUCUUGAUGCCAUCGGAUGGCUCUGAUUUUAAGUAGAUUUGAACGGUUUGGCCAUUUAAUGAUUUAAUUUAAAAAUGGAGAAGCAAGGCUAAGACUUGAAUGACCAGUACGGCAGAUGCAUACAUCUUGUCAAAACUACAACCAUUGAUAACUUCGCUCAAAAUAAAGUAAUGUGAAUGAAAUUUGCUGUAUAUUUAUUUUGCAUUAUCCAUUUUUGAAAUAUAGCGAGAACGUCCAGCUCUCUAAAUCUUACAUAAUGCCCCUUUAAUUAAGAAAGUGAAAACAAUGAUGUAUUUAUUCUUUUUGCAAAUAAGUAUUACCAGGACCCAUAUUUAAAUAUUUGUGAUGUUUGAUUCACCUAAUGACUUCGCUCUGUCUCACUACCAAACUUUACAUCAGGGCAGCUAAUGCUAUUAAUCAUACCUUCAUUGAUCAUAUUAUCUUAGAUAUUUGAAAAAUACGGCCAACCAGAUGCACAUGUAUAACAAAGUCAAGUUAGUCAAUGAAUAGUCAAGAUAUGAAUGUCAUUACACCUUGUAAAGUUGAUAAUUGUGUGUAAUAAUAAAAAAACUUCAUAUUAUAUAUUAUAUUAGUUUUAAUUACACAAUACUCAUCUUAGUUUUAAAGAGGCAUUGUAACUUUCAACAUGAAAAUGUAUUUAGUUUCAUAUUAUAUAAUUAAAGAACUGACCUACAUGUACUUACAAGAAGUCUGAACUUUUAAUAACAUCUAUCGCACUGAUCCGCAGUGAAUAUUCGCUAGGCGGCUACAAUCACUGAUAAGGAUGACUUUAAUGCGACUUAAUGAGUCUUAAAUAUUAACUUUUUUCCACCGACAAAUUAAAUUCUAAAACAUUUUUUUGAUGUAUUAGAAAAAUAAAGACGUUUGACGUAUUUGUAGGUAAAAAUUAUUUCCUAUUUAAUGUAAAUGGGUAUUAAAAUGACUAAAAGGCAGCAUUCUGCCACGAAGCAGUAACGUCUUAUGUAAACAAUGCAUGCGCCAUUCAGCCAAUGAUUGACGCCUCGUGCUGUGAUGGCACAUGUUAAAGGCGGUCAUCUUUUACAGAGAUAUUAGAGAAGACUCCUAAUUCUCUGUGAAACAGAUUGAACAUCUAUGUCAUAGACAGAGUGGCAGAUCUCAUAUUUUGCAUUUAGUCUCCAAAUGAUGACCAAUCAGAAAUUAAUUUUUACAGACUGACAUAGACUUCCAAAGUUUUAAUUCCACUGUAUGGCAUAGUCUUUUUCUUUUGCACUUUUCAUUUUUGUGACAUGACCUAAAGCAAUUUUCUUUUAUCAUAGCAUAAUGUAUUAAUUGAUGAAAUAUUUUCAUGUAUGUGAUUGCUUUAUAUUAUAUCUUAUUUAGUAAUGUAAAUAUUUUAUUCAAAGGACAUUUUCGUAAGGAUACAAAUGGGAAUACAAAAGCUUAAUGACAUAUUUUUUAAAAAAAUAAAAUAAAUAUUCUUUAU